UCUCGUCUCGUCUCCUCUGUGUUUUCUGUUUCAUUCGCACAGGGUGCAUUGAACAGAAAGUGUCACCUCUCGAACAUUUGAAUCAUAGCAGUCGUUUCAUUGAACCUUGUCUUCAAACCGUCGAAUAACAAAUGAGAAUGAGUCGCAAUUUCGACAUCUUUGGUUGAGAAAAUUCGCGAAAUUGAGAAAAUGCGAACCAAUUUCUCGGUAAAAUCUAAUUUAUUCUGCAAUUGCAUCGAAUCGGAAAUGUGUUGUACUAUUUUAUUUAUGUAGAUGUUAUUGCGAACGUGAAUGGUUCUUCGGUUCAUUUGUUUAAAAUAGAUGCUUUAUGAUGCUUCGUUUCCCACGCAUAUAGAAAACAAUGGGCUGGAGCUCUGCGCGGACCAAAAAAAAUAGAAACAGAAAAUGCGAAAGCGUAACAGAAAGAAAAUCAAGCAAAGGUCAUAAUCGAGUUCAACUGGCUGCCAGCUUGGGAAGAGAGCUUUGGCCAAUCGUGCAGUGUACAGACACAGUUAUUGUCGCAGAGAAUGGCAAAAAUGUGGCGAAUUUUCGUUGAUCGUCGCAAAGCUUGCCAACAAGUGAAGAUGGAGUUGAAGAUGAGUAUGUGGCUCAAGCCUAUGAUCAUUGGUCAAUCGACCAAAACUUGUAUGCUGUAAAGAAAUAAAGCGGAAUUCAUAAACUAAGCCUCAUUUCGACUCAAAGAAAAGUGAACGAAGGAAAAGCAACAGAACUACACAUAUUCGAAACACAAAAUCGUUGUAUGUACGAUGGAAGAAGCUGGUUAACGGUGAGUCAAAAGGCAUGAAAUGCAUACACAAUACCAGCGCCGAAAGAAGAAGAAAAAAUUUAUAAACAAUAUACAAAGAAUGAAGUGAACAACCGAAAAGACAGAAAGAAAGAAAGAAGAGGCAGAAAAAAAACAAUCGACAACACACAAACUCUAUUCAAAAUACAUUUACAUUCCAUUUGGAUGGGAGACCCCAUCGCAUCGAGACGAUAUGUUAUGAAAACUAACGCACAUCGAUACAUACACAAAUUCAACAAGAGAGUGAGAGAGAAGAAUAAGAAGAAGAAGGAGAAGAAGCAGCAGCAGCAGAAGAGCAACAACGAAAAAGUGAGCACCUCAUAAAACUGGCUGGCAUGUUUGAUAGUGCGCGUGAAUUCGCCUCGAAUUCGUUUAUUGAAAGUCUUAUUUUGACAUUUGGUUCCUUCAUUACGCAUAUACACAACUACAUGCACGCCGCACGCACACACGCGAUAGAUUCAGCAUCACAACGGGGGAACCAAUCCAAUGAAUGUGAAUGACGGCACAACACAGAAUGAAAAAUACUUCACCAUACAUAGACACACGAGUAGAGCGAAUUACAAGAUAGAGAGCAGUAUAACAUACAUGAAGAAGAGAAGAAAAAAAAAAACAUCGAACUAAUGAAAGAAGAGAGAAAAAACGAAAUAACGCGAAAAAUGGCUGACAGAUUAUUAACUUCCAUUCUGUCGACUUUUAGUGUGUGUACAUAAAGAAAAACUGUUAAAAAAUUUGUUGAUUUCACGGUAUCUAGCACCAGUUCGCAAUUUCAAAGUGUAAUUAAAUUUAGUACAAAUCGAGAAAUUUUCAUUUAGUGCAAAAGUAAGCAGAUGAAUCGACCGAUCUGAAAGGCAAAUGUGAGGAAUGCAAUACAAAUGUAACAAACAUACUGGGCACUCUAUGUGUUUUUAAUGGGAAUUUCGUGUGUCAAUUCUUUUUUCUUCUUUCGCUUCUUCUUCUGGUGUCUUUCUUGUUCGUCUUCAAUUCUGAGAGAGUGAGACGGUUUUUAUUUUAAAUUGUCGAUGUCUUCGUCUUUUUUCCUUUCAUUCAAUCAAAUGUGGAAACUGUGCUGAAAUUCAGGCCUAGUCUCAUCAAAAAGAAGAAAAUACAUUGUGUAUAUGGGGAAUCAUCGGUAUUUCUUAUGAAAAAGCUAAACAAAUUUUUAUAAUUGAAAGAAAAAAACUGAAGCGACGGCAAUAGAAAGAGUGAGCUGUACAUAUAAAUCCAUAUAUAAUACGAAAGUCAAAUGUUUGGGUGCAAAAAAAACGACAGAAAAAUGAAGUGAAGUGAAACAGAUGCAUACUCUCAACUCACAUGGAUAUACAAAUAUAGUAAGAGAGAACGACGCAAAGCGAAAACGAGCUGCUUUAUAUUUUCAUUCGGGUCUAGUUUGUGUUCGUGUGUUGUGUAUAUGAAUAUACAAUAAUGGUGCUGCAACAAACCAUACAUACAGGCGAACAGUGACCGUAUAAUAGCAACAACAACAGCAACAACAAUAACAUUACAAAAGCAUUGAUUGAAAGUUUUCUUCUUGUCUUCUUUAGUUAAUACAUAUUUUUUAGUUUUUUUUUUUUUGUUUUAAUUUUCGUUUGUGCUCGAUUUCAUUCCGUUUGCGCUUAUUCGUCGCCACCGUACGCGUCGCGUUACAAAAAGGGAAAAAUUUAUUGUAUAUUUUGGAUUUGUGUAUUCUCUAUGGAUGCAUUUUUUUCUUUAAAAAAUAAAUUGAAUAAUAAUCGAACCGAAGAAAUGUGCAUAAUUUAAAAAGUUGCGUGUUAAUAUUCGCGUAGCAAAUGCAAACCGAAGCUCGAUAACUAAAUUCAAUAAUAAUAAAAGGCUAACCGAAACCGAAACAAAAACAAGUUUUCAUGAAUGUCUGGAUAAGUAGUAAACACACCGAAAAUGUUAUACAAUCACAUUGCACCAGAGCCGAGGCCGUUAAAACGGCCUCGAUUUGGUGUGCCGGACGUUUAUCCACAAGAGCCCAAACAACGUGAGGAUGAACUGAAUCCGAGCAACGUGAAAAAUGGCUUUCAGGCUCUACAACAAAUUUCCGAGGAAUUUGGAACGGCGCGCAACAGUAAUAUCUCGUUGCAGCGACUCAACAUGUUCUGCAUUUCGGUCAAUUCUAAGCGUAAUGAAUUGAAUACGCUGCCGGACAAUGGCCGAAAGAAGCAGCAGAUCAAUGUGAAGGAUAAUUUUUGGCCUGUAACAGGCCGCAGUAAAGGUGUGCUUGAUAUGUGGUUUCGUGAUUUGGCCGGCACCAAACCGUUGGCCAAUCUCGCGAAAAAGGCUCCGUCGUUCAAUAAGAAAGAGGAGAUUUUCACAUAUUUAUGCGAUCAUCAAGUGAGCAUGAAAAAGGCGAUGUGGUUUUUAAAAUUGAGUGCCGCAUACACAACCACAGUGACUGAACAAAAAAUCAAAAAACGCCAAAUGCCUGAUCCAAGCAUCGAAUGGACUGCAACCGUGAUAAAGGUCAUGAAGGACUUGUCACAAAAACUCGUCGAACAUUAUACGCUGGAGAAAAAUCCCAAAGUGAUAAGCACACAACAGGCGGCAAUUACAAGUGGACCAUCAACAUCAUCAGCGUCGAAUGUAAAAUGCAAUCGAUGCUCGGUGGACAAACAGCUGACGCAAAUCAAGUGUACAAAAGACAAAAGUGCGAUGAUCAACAAGGAUAAAUCAUCAAUGGCCGACGGGAAAUCGACGGCAAAGGUGAAGAGUUUGCGUGAAAAAGUGCUAAACCGAUCGCUUAUGAAAGACAUUCGAUUUCGUGAAUUGAAAUUAACGAAGCGAAAAGCAUCAAUGUUGGGACCUCCGCCCGCGAAACGGGCAAAGCACACGCUGCGAGUGGCUCGAAUGAAAGCAGCGUCUCGAGUCAAACGUGAGUCGGCCCUCGGUCAACAGCAGCAGCAACAACAACAACCGGGCACCAGUGAUGGGAGCACAAAUCCAGAUCUAGCGACCAAUCCGACCGAUAUUCCUGGCGUCGCAUCGACAAUUAAAUCGGGAUCAGAAGAUGCGAGCAGUGUUGAUGCAAAGGAUCGCAUCGGAUCGAAAGUGGUGAGAAAACGAUUGGCAAUGAGAAAGCGACAUGGCCUGCCUUCAAUUAGUCAAAUAAUCGCCGAUAUACUCGCAAAACGUGCCAAAAAACGGGCAAAGCAACGGCUCAAUGAAAAAUCGGCCGAAAAUCCAAAUCAACCCUCAAACACGGAAGAAGGUGAACAGAAAAGUAGCACGACUCAAGCGUCAACCAGCCCAUCGACGUCAACCACAAACACUGUCUCGCCUGCGAAUCGCCCAAAUCAAUCGUCUUCGAAGACAUUGCUGAGCGGUAAACCGAAUGCCGGUCAACCAUUUCAAUCGCAACAGCACACAAGUGUUGAAUCACCCACGACAGGUACAACCAAUUUUUCGAAUUUUUCAUCGAGUGGCCGUGAAACGCCGAACGUAAGUGCGACUAGUGCCAGCAGCAAUAGCAGCAGCAGCAGUAGUAGUAGUAGUUCAAGCAAUCACACCUUCAUCACACCAGCCGUACCAACAACACCGGGCAGUUUCAAUCCCGUCGAAGAUUUUGCAACCACGCUCCGACACUGGAAAUACUGUACACGAUUGUGCAGAGCGAUGUGCGAAGAGAGUCUGCUCGAUCGUCAUGAAUUCUUGCAAUGGGCUCUCGAACUUCUCGAUCGCAUGCGAAACAAAUCCAGUGAUGAUGGAUUCUUGAAACUUUUUAUGCCGUUCAUUUUGCAAUGUCUGCCAUACAUUGUUGAAUCGGAGCGUUUGUCACGACGCCUAGCCUAUUUAGUAUGUAAGAAGAUUGGUUUUAUGUUGCACUAUGUUACCGAAGAAGAUGCAAUUGCUGUGAACAUGAAAAAGCCACCACCGCCACCAACAUCUUCAACAUCGUGUUGUGAUGCCAACCUAACGAAUCGCUUCGAUGCCGGUUUGAAAAUCAAACAGGAGCCCGAAAUUCGUGCACCUCUGUCAACACGCUCAGCCAGCACACGAUACAAAAAGAUUAAUAAAAUGGAUCCACCAACACCACCACCGUUGUCAGCACCAGCUUCACCGAGCACCGCCUCAUUGGAUAGCCCCGAAGAUGUGCUGUCGACGAAAAGUUUACUCGGUUCAAACUAUUUGCCAGCACGACCAAAUACCAACCAAGAUCGAAAAAGCUUUGGUGCACGUCCCUACUCAUCGUCUUCGACUUCGCCCGCAUCCAAACCACUUUCAUCACAAACACCACCAACAGUCUCACCACCGACCGCUUCACCACCAUCAGUUUCGUCAAACACAACAUCGAUCAUGCCCAUUGGAACGAGUGCCGUGCAACCUGUUUCGCAAACCAUUUCAACAAAGAGCCAAUCGCUUGGCGUAAUCAAGCAUCGACAAAAACCAUCGAUACAAUUCAUGGAAACAAUGUUGCGUGACUUUUUACUGUGCGAACACCAUCGACCGGUCAUCAUGGAAUUGAGUGCAAUGAUUCAAGCAAUCACACUACGUUGCCCGGGUGCUCUAGUAUGGUGUGGCCUAUCGGGGAAAGAACGUGAUUCGAUAACACCGUUAGCCGGUGGUCCAUUGGAAUAUAUGCCGGUUCUACCAUCACAGUUACCAAUGCCAUCGUAUAAUCGACGACAAAAUGACCUGAUUCGAAAGCGUCUUCGCGAAGUCGAACAGCAAAUCAUAGAACGUUCGAAACAUUCCGAAAAACGUUGGGUUGCCGACAAAUGGCUGCGUAAAACCGUCGAUGGCCAAAUCAAUGAGGUUAUCCUGAACACAUUGAGUAUUUUGGAUGCACACUACUUUGAUCGGCUCGAUGGAAAUAACAAUAAUUUAGCAUCACUCUACACUAAACUAUUUCAACCCAUCGAUAAGGUGAUGAAACAGGAGACUUUUGUAAAUGGCAAAGUGAAAGAGACGCGCAUCACGUACAUGGCUCGAAUCGAUGAACCAAUCGUCAAAGUAUUGUGCGAAUGGGCCGUUUCGCAUCAACGCUUCGGUGAACAUCGCGCAAUGGUUGUUGCAUGGCUAUUGGAAAAACGGCAAUCAGAUAUAACGGCCGUUGAUUCACUCAGUCCAGCUGACGAUGCCGAUUCAAAUGACUCAGUCGGUUUUUAUAACGGCCUACCGAUCUUCCAACGCAACUUGAUGGCAUUUUUGGAUCACGAUGCACCUGUUCUCGAAGAAAAUUGCACCGAUCAAAGUAGGAUACAAUUCACAAAUUUGGUGCAUUUAUUCUGCGAACUCAUUCGCCAUGACGUUUUUUCGCAUGACGCCUACAUGUGUACGCUAAUAUCGCGCGGUGAACUGCUAACGUUGCCGGUGCAUUCAAAUGACAUUGCCAACACACCGACAGUCAAUUCGAAUGCAAUGGCAGUACCACCGCCAACGAUUGCAACGCUUCCACCCACAACACCUGCCUCACGUGUCGGCGAUGACAUUUUACCACCCAUGGAAUUCAAGCCGAAAAUCGAAGAACUCGACGAUAGCAAUGUGGAUGACGAUUUGGAUAAGAUUCUACAGAAUAUCAAAAAUGAUCAACAAGACUUAAUGGAUGCCACAGAUAGCCCGAAAAUCGAACCAAACACAAAUAACGACAACAAAUCGGACAUCGCCGACGAGGAGGAUGAUGAUCAACCGAAGAUAUCCAGACACUAUCUGUACACCACACAUUUUCCAUUGUAUCAAGGCGAUACAAUUUCACAACAUGACUGCAAUCAACGUUACAUUUUGUUAUUUGGCGUUGGAAAAGAGCGUGAUGAAAAGAAGCAUGCCGUUAAGAAGAUGGCAAAAGAGAUUAGCAAAUUGUACUCGAAGAAAUUCAGCAUGGACAUGAAUGAGGGUGGCAAAGUGAAGAAACAAUCGCGUACGGAAUGUAAUCUCGAGGCGACAAUGACCCGUUUCCAAUCGAUGACCUACUUUGAUCAGCAUAUGGUAACGUGGCAAUGCGCGGCAACCAUUCUCGAAAUGCUUGGCAGCUUUUCGAGUGGUUCUUACAAUUAUUUGCCCGUGCAAGAGCAUGUGGCGUAUUUGUUUGAUUUAAUGGAAGCCUGCAACAACAUUUAUGGACUAAUCGAUUUGUGUAUAUCGAUCAUGAAAAAACUGCCUCAAGUUGAAUCUCAGCUCGUGCAAAUGCAUUCGAGCUUUGUGAAAACGUAUACGACAUCGUUGAGCUUGUAUGUUGUGGGUGUGCUACGACGAUACCAUCGAUGCCUUUUAUUGUCUUAUGAUCAGGUACUGCCAAUUUUCGAGGGAUUGUGUCGUACAGUGAAGCACGUGACAAAUCCAAGUGAAUGCGCAUCAGCUGAACGAUGCAUUUUAACUUAUCUACUCGAUCUGUAUUCAUCGUGUUCAUUACUCAAAUCAAAACCACCGGCAAGUGAAACCUUCUUCAAUAUUUAUGCCAAAGUCAAGCAAAUGGUUGCUGCGGCCGUUCAACCAAUGCCAGCCGAUUGCUACUACAAUCAAGCGUUUAUGAUGGAAAUUUUUGUGAAUCCACCACGAGGUGGAAAAAUCGAUCCGACUUGGGGACGCAUACUGAACGAAAGCCUGGAGAAUCGUUAUAGUUUUGUGUGCAAUGCACUGAUUGCAAUCAGCCGGGAAACAGAUAACGAUCGAUUGAAUGAUAUUUCAAUAAUGUGCGCUGAAUUCACCGCACACUGCAAUUCGUUGAGCUCAGAGUGGCUGGGUGCAUUCAUUGCUUUGUGUGGCUCAAGCAAUGAUGGCUUUUAUGCACACAUCCCCGAACACAUAGACAUACAAAAAGUUGCCAUUCACAAUUCGUUGGCGGUAUUUGUUUCGAUUUUAGUUGCCCGUCGUUGUUUCUCCCUUGAAAAGUUCAUUUUCUACAUUGCACUGCCGGCUUUGGUCAAUGCAUGCAAAGGUGGUCGUGAGAUAUCGGCAGGAGCCGAAGCUGGUGCUCGAUUAUCGUGUCAUCUGUUGUUUCGACUUUGUAAAGCUGUUGAAUUGCCCGUACCGUCUCUAUAUGGAAUGCCUGUGAUAGAAUGCCCAAUCAAAAUUCCAGGACCUCAGUUAAAUAUAAAAUUCAGUUGUGAUCGGCACUUGUUGGCAGCGACUCAUAAAAAUCUGGCGGUCGGACCAGUUUUAGCGGUUUUGAAAGGUAUCUUAGUGGUGGGCGAUGCAAUGAAUCCAGAAAAUCAAAAACAACCAGCUUCGAAUAAACGUGGUAACCGAAACACAAGCGCAAAUUCAACACCGUCCGCAAGCCAAACAUCCAGUCAACCAGCAACAAAAACGGGUUCAAUUGAUAUAAGUCACAUACUUGGCACCAGUGAACUGGGUACAAAUGCAAAUGAUGAAGAUGUUUCCAUGCAGGACACAACUCAAGAGACGCCAAUAAGUUUAUCCGAAUUCGCCGAUUAUGUGCUGAAACAAAUCGCGUAUCAAGAAUGGGUGUUGGAACGAAUCCUCCAAAAUGCCGAUGAUCUGUGCCAAAACGGCAUGUUAAUCGAUCCAUUGUUAACAUCGAAGCAAGCACAACGGUUGUUACAAUUAAUCUGCUUCCCUGACGUUGAAGCGUCUGAACUACAUUCGAUGGAUCAGAGCACAACCAUUCAGAGAUUCUUCCAGAUUCUGGAUCGAUGGAAUAUGCCAAUUUUGAGUAUAAAUUUGCAACUAAUGCACAAACAAUCUAGCAACACUGUCUCGGAAACCAACAAAUAUCUGGACGCUGUCGCACGAUCAGCUGUUGAAAUUUACUACACACCAAAACAGAAGAAACCGAAAAAACCCACAAAGAAAACGAAGCCGGGUGAAAUAAAACCACUGAAAAAUGAACGACCAAAAGUUCCGGAGCAUGGGCCAGGCAUAUGGUGUGUGAUUCCGUUGCUUGCAAAACUGCCUGGCAGUGUGCAGGCUCGAAUAAUCAAAGUGGCCGGUCAACUAAUGGAGAAAAUGAACUUUUUCAUCGUCUAUCGACACGUCGAAGAGGAAGACGAAAGCGACGAGGAUAGCGGCGAUGAGGAAGACGAAGAAGACAGCGAUGAAGAUGAUGAGAACGACAACAAGAGCGAAAACAAAGACGACCAACAGGGAGAUGACAGUGAAGAUGAAUUCUUCUAUCCACAACCGGCCAAGCUGGCGUAUAGAGAAUUCUUCAAUUUGCUGUUGAACUGCUUGAAAGGGCACGAAGACCAACGAGACGUGCUGUUGUCAUCGCUGCACAGACAAUUGGUGCAUUUCGUCAAAAGUGCCCAAGAAAAGGUGGAUAUCAAUUACCUUGCGCAUCCCGAAGCAAAGCCCGAAAUGAUUGAAGCAUUGGAUUUGAGAUUGUCACUCGUUGGAACUCUAUUUGAUGGCAUUUAUCGCAGUUUAUCGAUUACAACAGAUUGGUCAGUUCUUUUGGCGCAACUCAUGUGCAAUGGAGUUAUUGAUUUUCAAACUAAUACAUCAUUGUAUGGCACCGUUUACGAUAUGUUGACCACAAUUAUUCACGCUUCUCUGGCACACGAUCCGUACGAACGCGACGAAAAUAAGAAACAUUUUAUGAAUUUGGUGAAGAAGGUUCGCAAGGAAAUUGGCGAGAAAGCAUCACGUACAAAGCAAAGUGUACGGCAGCUGUUACCCAUUGUUCGAAUGCAUCGUCACAUAAUCGCAGUUGAAUCGAACGAAAAGAGCCAAUAUCCUGGCAUUGAUUUAAUCGAUCGAGUGCCUGGAUUACGUGCAACGGAAAAACAAAAAGUCAACACAUGGGAUUUGAUUGAAGGAAAUAGCAAAAAUCCGGCGCCACUUUCAUGGGCCUGGUUCGGUGCUGUAAAAAUGGAACGAAGACCCAUGAAAUAUGAAAGAGGAUUUGAUUUAUUAAAAUAUCAUACGCACAAUUUGGCCAAACCACGAACAUUCUUCUACGAGCCGCUAGUAAUAACGAUGAAAGAACCAACACCAACUCUUCCGCCGGAGGACACCAAUCUCGUUAUGAAUAUGAACAAUAUGCCAAGCACUUCAAUGGCUUCGGUUCCAAUGGAUAUUCCAAAGAUUGAUACACCAUCAUCAAUUGAACAAUCGCCAAGCAUUCCAAAUGUUCAAACACAACAACAGGUGUCGGCACCGCCUCAGGGCAAACGCCAGAAGAAACCGACAAAAGCGGCUGCUGCUGCCGCUGCCGCUGCAGCUGCGGCCGUUGCUGCAGCAGCACAGAUGCAGGCGCAGCAACAAAUACAAAAUCAGCAAUCUGAACAAGUGCAACAAUUUAUUCAGCAAAAUCAACAGCAAUCCGGAUUCCCGAUAUCAGCCAAGGGCAAUAUGAAUCAGGUGGUAAAUCAGGUUGUACAAGCCGGUGUUCCAAUGGACACUGGAAACAAUCCGGGCAAUCAAAUGCCCAAUCAGCAGCAAAAUUCACAGCAACAAUUUGCAUUUAUGUUGCAACAACAGCAACAGCAACAAGCUCAGCAGCAGCAACAACAACAUCAACAACAACAACAACAUCAACAACAGCAACAGCACCAGCAAGUACAACAACAGCAAGUACAACAACAGCAGCAGCAACAAAACCAAAAUCAAAUAUUGAACUCACAACAAUCAAUGCAACAAUCGUUGCAACAAACGAUGGGCCAAGCACAAAAUGCACAACAAACAAAUCAAAUGAAUAUGGUCAAUCAGAUGGGAAAUCAAAUGAAUAGCCAAAUGAACAAUCAAAUGAACCAGAUGAACAACAAUGCUCAGAUGAAUUCACAAAAUAUGAACCAAAUGCAAAUGAACAUGCAAAAUCAAAUGAAUCCAAAUGUUCAACAACAAUUCCAACAAAUACAGGCAAAUCAACAGCAGCAACAGCAGAUGCAGCAAAUUCAAAGCAGUGCAUCGAAUGUUGGCCAAACGAAUAUACCGAAUAUAUCGACGGCUGGAAAUAUGCGAAAUCCUACGGUGACCGGUAGCGUAAACGGCUCUAUGAUGAGUCAAGCUACCAUGCAAUCGAAUAUGGCCGCCGGUGGUAUGCCAUUCAAUUCCGGAAAUAUGCAAACGUCGAUGAUGAACAGCGGUGGUGUGAUGCCGCAACAACAACAAGUAAAUCAAGCGAAUAAUCCUCAAACACAACCUCAGCCCAAUUUGCAGCAGCUUAGUCAAGCUCAACGUCAACAGCAGCUCAGUCAAUUGGCUCAACAGCAGCAGCAACAACAGCAGGCACAACAACAACAACAGCAGCAGCAGCAGCAGCAGCAAAUGGAGCCAAAUAUUAAGCCAACUCAAUCGAACAGCUCGAUUCAGAAUAAUUCCAUGCAAAAUAACCCAAUGCAAAACAAUCCAAUGCAAAAUCAAGGUCAAGCUAUAAACCAAUCGCAGGGAAUGGGACACUCACAGCAAAUGGGUGGACAACAGUCACAACAGCAGCAGCAACAACAGCAAUGGAACUUCAAUCAAAUGAACCAAAUGCAGGGAGCAUCCGCUCAAAGUCAAUCGACAAACACAUCACAACCGACGCAACAAUUCUUCAAUCAAAAUGCUGGCAUGAACCGAUUCGAGCGACCGCAAAUGAAUCAAUCAAAACAGGCAUUGACAAUGAUGCUACGCCAACGGCAUCCGACAUCGUUCAUGAACACUGCUAACAAUCCACAGCAGCAAGGCAAUAUGAGCGGAAUACCAUUUAACAUUCAGCAGCGUCAACAACAAAUGAUGCGAAUGCGAAAUGUGAAUCCGGCACAAAUUCAAGCCGCCGCCGCUGCUGGACAAACAAACCAAAUGAAUAUUAACAACAUUGGCAAUCCAAUGAUGAGUGGCGGUGGAAUGGUUCAACAAAGACAGCAGCAGCAACAACAGCAGCAACAGCAGCAGCAACAACAACAAGCCAAUCAAAUGAAUCCCAAUGUGCAAGGACCAAUGCAUGGCCAAGGUAAUCAACCAACACCAGCACAACCGUCCGGAAUCAUGGGAGAAAAACAUUCACCAUCCAUUUCAGGUGGCAAUAUGAUGGCAAAUGCAAAUGCAGCCAAUUUGCCCUCAACAUCGGCCAACACAAUGAUGAAUCAACCGGUAGCUGGCAUGGCACAGCAAGCUGCCAGCAACAUGGGCAUGGGUCCGAAUCAGAAUAUUGCGCAGCGUCAACAAAACCAAAACGCUUCGAUGAUGAUGAAUCAGGGCAUGAAUGCCGGCAACAUAAAUGCAUUGCAGCAAAUGAAACAAAACCAACAGCAAAUCGGCGGAAACAAUAUGUUCGGCGGUGGUGGUGGUGGAAUUGCUCAACAGCGACAGCAGCAGAAUCAACAAGGCCAGAGUCAAAUGUUGAAUCCAUCGAUGCAGCAAACGCUUCAGCAAAGCCUAUCCAAUCCACAAGCUCAACAGCAAUCGAGCCAAGUAAAUGUGAAUAUGAAUAAUUUGCAUCAAAUGUCUGCGACGCAAAGAGCCGAACUUUUAGCUCAGCAGCGUGCACGAGGCAUGGGUCAAUUUCCGCCGAACAUGGCCAUGAAUCAAACGCCACAAGGCCCAGCACCACCUUAUCGAAAUCCAAACAUGAAUGCCGGCAACAAUAUGAAUGCAGGCAACCCGAAUAUGAACAUGGGUGGAAUGGGCCCUGGCGGAAAGCCAAUGUUAUCAUCGCAAGCAGCACAAUUCCAACAACAACAGCAGCGAUUGCGUCAACAACAAUUGCUGAUGCAACAACAGCAGCAGCAGCAGGCACAGCAGCAGCAACAACAACAACAACAGCAACAAGGCAUGAUGGGAGGCAAUUUCAAUCAGCAGCCUCAACAGCAACAGCAAACGCAGGGAUUAGGAAUGCAAACACCGGCACUGCUUGCACAGCUACAGCGACAACAGGGCAGUCAAUAUUCACAUCAAUCACAACAAUAUUGACAAGGCGUUUAGAAAGUAAAUAUGCGUCGUGUGUAAAUAUUUUUAUUGAUAGAAAAAAACGACGUCAUACAGGAAAUAUCUUACAGGCUGCAAACUGAAACGUGACUAAACUAUAUAGGAGUGUUUAAAAUGUACUAAAGUUGGCUCAAAAAAAACAAUUCUAGAAAAGAAAUGAUAAACAAGUUGUAUAUAUUCGCACUAGAGUUUGCGACAGAUCAAGGGAAUGAAAUAACAAUACGAAGAGGCACCACAUAUCCCAAAAUUAGGCUAAUACUACAUAAGAUCCAAAGGCAACAUAUAACAAAAAUCACACCCACAAACCAAUUUUGGAGGGAAAAAAAUGAGUAUUUUAAUUUUUAAGAAUGCGAAUUUUAUCACGGGCAACCAAGAGACCAUAAAACCAAACGAAAAAAAAAAACAAAAAUUUUGUUCAACGAAAUAAGAUUGAAUAUUUCGUCCAAUUUAUUUAUAUUUCUGGCGUCAUCAUCUAUGUACAUUUAUAGUUCGAUUGAGUUUAAUUUAUAUCUAGCGGAAUCGAUCAUUUUCAUACAAUCACACACACAUACACACACAAAAAAAAAACAAA